GCUUAGGUGUCUAUCAUUUAAAAUACAGUCAAUGACUGGAUCAGUCAUUGAUUUUAUCAUGUCAAUAACUACCGAACAAGAUAAGCCUAGAGUUGUGAAAUACCCUGAAAUUUAUUUGUCUGCUGCGUUAUUACACCCAUCAUUUCUGAGUGGAACAUAUUCAGUAUCUCAAAAAUAUGGAAUUCUCGGUUGGCUUAUUGGUCGGCAACUCAUAUCUGAAGCUUUGAGUGGAGAUUACUCAGAUAAACAGGAAAAUUCUAAAUUAACAUGUACACAAGGAAAUGCAUCACCGAUUGAAAUUCAAACGUGUUGUUUAUCAAGACAAAUAAGUGUUCGGGCAGUUGAGAAGAAAAAUUUGAAGCAGCUGGCAGCUGAUAUUAAUGGUCUUAUGUUAUCGUUUUCAGCAUACGAGAAACACGUCAUGAGGAAUGGUAAUGAUAGUUUGAAAGAAAAGAAAUCAUUUUUCGAAGC